CUUGUUCAGGCCAAUUCAUAAGUCUCCUUCCUUUUAUAUUUAAUGAAGUCCUUAAAUUAAUUAGCCAAUCCUUGUUCCUGAAGCCAACUCCACCUUUACCUUAAACCCUUUAAACGUUAUUUUUCCUUUUCUGUAAUGGCGUUGGUUAAGAAUCUGGAAUUUAGAAUGGCAGAACCUUCCUCUUAGGUCUACUACUCUACACUGACAUAUGACAUGCUCUGAAAGCAAGGUAUUACUUCUAGUUUCCAUGUCCGCCUUGUUGUGGCUCCUGUUUCUGGCUUUCGCCGGAUUUGUAAGGCCGGCGCCGGCAAUGGCAACAUCGGAUUUCCUUUACAAGAACAUAUUCAUUCUGGCUGGACAAAGCAACAUGGCCGGGAGGGGAGGAGUGGUAGACAACAAAUGGGAUGGAAUCGUGCCUUUCCAAUGCCAACCCAAUCCAUCCAUUCUCCGACUCGAUGCGGGGCUGCGUUGGGUGAGAGCGGCAGAGCCACUCCACGCGGACAUUGAACACAAUAAGACAAGUGGGGUAGGCCCAGGAAUGGCGUUCGCGAAUGCGGUGAAGAGCAAGGACAGCAGCAUAGGAGUAAUUGGUCUGGUGCCAUGUGCGGUGGGAGGGACGAAUAUAAGCGAGUGGAUGAAAGGGAAUCAUUUGUACGAGCAGAUGGUGAGGAGGGCUCAGGCGGCGCUGCAGGAAGGAGGGACGAUUCAGGCGAUACUCUGGUAUCAGGGGGAGAGCGAUACAGAGAACCGAGAGGAUGCGAUGACUUAUAAGCGAAGGAUGGUGAAGCUCAUCGCCGACUGGCGUGCCGAUCUACAAUCCCCAAACCUUCGAAUCAUUCAGGUGGUGUUGGCAUCAGGAAUGGGACCUUUCGUAGGGAUCGUGAGAAGAGGUCAACUAGGAAUAGACCAACCAAACGUUGUGUCUGUGGAUGCCAUGGGACUGCCCCUAGAAGAAGACGGAUUGCACCUCACCACUGCAGCUCAGGUAAGGCUUGGCCAGAUGUUGGCCAAUGCCUUCCUUAACGGUAUGCCCAGCAGCCCCUCCACCAGCAAUGCUCAGAGGAUAUGUUACCCUUUCUUUUGUUGAUAUUUUUUUACCCUGCACCCCUCCUCUCUCCAAUGAGGGCACCAAUGAAAUGGGGAAGUGGGUCAUCCCAAAUGUGAGAUUGAAUCCCAUCAUUGAAAACAAAAUUUUAUUAUGAACAAUCAAAUGCGUUCAUUUAACUUAUCUUGUGUUUGGUAUGUAUUCUUGGAGUGCAUUCUAAGCAUUCUAGGUCGAUAAUGCAUUCUAUGAAACCUUACCAAAAACAACUUUAAUGCAUAUAUUUGUUUUUUUUCA